ACAAAGAUCGUACCCCGAAACAUCAUGGGCAAUGGCUUCAAAGUCAUCGUGAUUGGCGGAGGUCCAAUAGGGCUGUUCGCCGCCCAUGCGCUCCAUCGCGCUGACAUCGAUUUCGUGGUCCUCGAGCGCAGACCGGCAAUUGUCGAAGACAAAGGUGCCAGUCUUAUAGUUUAUCCAACUACCUUUAGAGUCAUGCAUCAGCUUGGAAUUUUGGAGUCAUUGCUCCCUCUGGGAGAAGAGUUGGAUCACCAUUUAUCGUUCACCAAAGACGGACAUGUGUUCAAUGAAAGUCCGAGAUAUAGGAAAAUCCGAGAAAAUCAUGGAUAUGGUCCUGGUGCUUUCCAUCGCGCCGAGCUCAUUGAAACAGUGUACAAUCUUUUACCAGACGUCGCGAGAGCAAAGGUUUUGACCAACAAAAAGCUCGGCGAUAUAAAGAGCACAGAUAGCGGGGUCGAAGUGACUUGCACCGAUGGCACUGUUUAUCACGGGUCAAUGGUGAUAGGCGCGGAUGGCGUUCAUAGCAAGACCCGCCAUUUAAUGCGUGAUCUCGCUUUGAAAGGUGACCCCCUACGGAGCUGGGAUCCCGAAGAGCCUUAUACAUCCACUUUCCGACUUUUAUACGGCUCUUUCCCCGCAGCCUCAACUCCCGGCCAAGGAUAUGAUGUUCAGGAUUCUGGAAAGGCAAUCAUGUAUUUCAGCGGCCAGAAGCGUGGUUGGUUUUUCAUAUAUGACCAACUGCCACACCCGACCAAGGAGCGAAAUCAUUACACCGAGGACGAUAUCGAAGCCCUCGCCGCAGAAUUUGCAGACUUCCCUCUGACGGGCACGGUCAAGGUCAAAGAUGUCUGGCCGAAGAUGUUAGGAGCGGGGUUGACGGACCUCCAGGAAGGCAUUGUACAGCACUGGAGUCUGGGAAGAAUCGUGCUUGUGGGCGACUCUUGUCAUAAGUUUACGACCCACCUGGGUCUCGGCUUCAACAACGGAGUGCAAGAUGUUGUUGUACUCUGCAACCGCCUCCGAGAUGCGGUUCAGGGAGCUCCUGAUAGAAACCCAGAUGCAUCUGCUCUUACUCGAGUGUUUGAAGACUAUGAGAGAGUCCGAAAGAGCCCGGAAUGCUCGCUUUUUGCUGACUUGGCAAACUCGGGAUUGGAGACACGUAUGCAUACGUGGGCGAACACUUUUUACUGGUUGCUUUCUCGGUAUUUUUCUCUUCCUUCGUUUAUUGAAAGGCUGGUAAUUCGCUUUGUGAUAGCGCCUGAAUUACAAAAGGCACAGGUGUUGGACUAUGUUGAGGCAUCAGAGCCGAUGCAUGGGAAGCUACGCUGGCUGCACCCGAUGAAGGCUAAAAUAGAGUGA